CAAGGACUAUAGCGAUUUUAUACUGUUGACGAGCAAUCCGACAUGACCCGCAUGCCUCUUCAAGACUAGCUUCUCAUCUACCGGCACUGCUCAUAUCGUUCGCCUUUGGCCCGGCCAUCGUGCACCAUGGCCUCACCAGCCGCUCCGAAACACAAACCUUUCAAGCAGGCCUGUGACAACUGUCGCCGGAGGAAAAUCAAGUGCUCACGAGAGCUCCCGUGCGACAAGUGCCAGCGCCUGCUCCUUUCCUGCUCCUACAGCGAUGUGCUGCGUCGCAAAGGGCCGAAAUUUCGGACUCUAUACCCUCUAGCGCCUAUCCAUCCACUAGUGGCCAGAGACCGACAGAUUCUCCAGUAUGAUCCUCCACGAUUCUCUGCAGAGAGGGAAUGGUAUGCAGAGCCUACGAGCUACCCGGUCGGCGGCUCGCCCACGUCUCCGCCCUUCAUGGAAGAGCCGCAAUAUCUGCCGCCUGAACACCCUGACUCAUUCAGCCGGCUGCCUCCACCAGAACUCGUCUCUUCGCCGGAUUCUCUGAACUCCCUAUCGGACUCUCCGACUGCGGUGCUGUUUCGUUCGCCGCGGAUUCUGACCGCACCUGUGCUUCUGGCGCACGUCAAUGUCUACUUGAAAUAUAUGUUUCCUAUCAUGCCCGUGGUCCGAAGAGAAGAGCUCCAGCAGGACUGCCACCAUCCAGAGCGUCUAACUCCCCAGCGGUACGCCUUUCUGGCCUCCCUAUGUGCCGCCACACAUAUCCAGCUGAAACUCGACGGAGCAACGCCCGUCGCGGAUCCUUCGCAUUUUCAGGCCGGUGAGAACUCAUCAAUGUCCGGUGAAGAACUGCUCGCCGAAGCCGUGCGCGCAAGGAAAGAUUGCGACCCAAUUGAGGAUAUGAAUGUUGAGAGUCUUCUAACCUCAUUCUUCCUAUUUGCUUCAUACGGAAAUCUAGACCGCCAGGACCACGCAUGGUUCUAUCUUUGCCAGGCGACAUCAAUGGUUUUCGCAUUGGGCUUGCACCGCGAAUCAACAUACGCCGAGUUGAACACCGAAGAAGCAGAACAGAAGCGACGGGUCUUCUGGCUGCUCUUCAUCACAGAACGAGGCUAUGCCCUCCAACAAGCGAAACCUGUCAUGCUCCGCAACUCCAUCCACAAACCGCAAGUCCUGUGCUCCGACGACCCGAUUCUCGCCUACGGCUUCAUCAACCUCAUCGGCGUCUUCGAGAGCCUCAGCGUCAACCUUUACGACUGGGUCUCAGCAGGGGGAAGCGUAAGCGGAGGUGGAAAUAACCGAGACGGCUCCUCCGAGAUGCCGCCUACAUCAGCCAUCCAGGCAACUCUCAGCAAACCGAUCUCGCUCGAGGGUGUCUCGGAAAUCCAAAAGGUUGAUAUCCUCAUCACACAGCAGUGGCUUCAGGCCAUGAUGUGGAAACUCUCCAUGACGCGUGCAUCGCAGCCAGGCUCGCGGAAUGAGACGGUCCUCCCGUUCCAUCUUCCUGUAAUGGUGGGCAAGGCUGUUAUGUCUGUCAUUGCGGAGGCAUCGCAGGGGGCUGUCGACGCGCAUGGGAUUGGGAUGGAACAAAAGCUCUUCGAUCUUGGUACAUCUAUCGCCGACGUCUCACGUUCUCUCUCCACAAAAGCUGCAAACAGCCUCGCCGAGUCAACCGUCGACCCCCGCGAGCUCCUCUGGGGUAUCCUUUCCACCCUCUCCCGCAUCCGUGGCUCCCAGUCGUACCUCUUCCCAUCUCUCCUUGAGCGCUGCAAAGGCACCCUCGGCUUUGAUUCCCCGACGCCGCUUUCUAUCAGUGACUUCCACCAGAUUAAUCCUCCGCUUCUCAAUUCCGCUAGCUCUUCUUCAAUUGCUUCUGAAACUUUAGAUAUCUCUGGACCAUGGCCCGCGGCUGAUGACAAUACUAUGGAUUCUAGCACAGGCAGCAGGACAACAAAUUCGUGUGCAUGGGAAAUAACUUCUGGUGAUACGAACGACCAGAACCAGACUAGUGAUCAGCCGCCUUCAUUGUCUGGAUCAUCGUCAGUACCCCUUUCGGUCUCGCGAAUGCAUUCGUCCACUAGUAUGGCUGCAGAACUCUCGUUUCAAGCUGGGAGGUUAUUGACUUGA